CGAGCUCUCCAAGUGCACACACAGAUUUUUAUUGAUUUACCUCAAGAAACACGAACAACUACACCUCGAAGAAAUGUGCCAAAGUUUGUAAUUGCUGAUAAUAGCAGGAGAAAAGGAAAAACAAAAAAAUGGCAGCGAUACGCUUUACAAGCAUUACUGUCCCUGGACCUUCAGUCUGUAACAAUUCUCUGUUCCCGUCAAGGUAUUCCCCUACAAAAAGAGUUUUUCAGGAACACAAGCAUAAAAGGGGUUUGAACGUGGGGCCAAAAUGCAGCAGAAAUCCACCACCAGGUAACAGCAGUAGCAAAGCUGUACUGGAUGCAUUUUUUAUUGGGAAGGCUUUUUCUGAAGCACUUAAUGAGCGGAUAGGGGCAGCUGUUGGAGAGUUUUUGAGUGAGGUUGGCAGGUUGCAAGCAGAACAGCAAAAGCAAACUCGUGAUUUUCAGGAAGAGGUGCUAGAAAGGGCUAAAAUGGCGAGGGAAAAAGCUGCCCGUGAAGCACUUGGAAAAGAGAGAGAAAAAGAUUCAUCUUCUUAUUCAACUGUGGUGUCAACAGAUUCAAGUUCUGUAUCCAAUAAUUCUUCUUCACCAGUAGUUCCAAAUUCCACUUCCAGUAACUCUGAGCUGUUGCGUACAGAUUCAAAUCAAAAUUAGAAUCAUAUAUGUGAUUAAUAGAAUGUGCUCAAAGCAUGAGAUUUAGAGGCUUUCUAAAGAUAAUCUGUGUCAGCAAUCAAUUUUCAUAUAAUGUUGUAACUCACAAUUAUGCUUCUUGAGAAUAAAAACGUGAGCAUGCUAUAUUAUAGAACAAACCAUAUGAGGGCAACACUUAAUAAUAUUAAGAAUGAAAGGUAGAGAGGCUUUUAGUUUACCGUACCUUUGAAGUCUUAAUAGAGAUUGGUGCCUUAGUAAAGCUUUA